UACCAUUCUUCUCAUUCAGUGUAUUUUCUUUCUUUUUAUGAUUUUUUACAGUGUAACUUUACUAUUAAAGACUAUGUUAAAGCUAUACAGGAACAUUUGUAAUUAUUUAAAGGAGUUUCUGCAGGUGCUGAACAAUAGUUGUUGAUUUUCCGUCAUGCUCUGAAGCUCCAGCUCAUCCCAAAUCAUCAUCUCAGGUGAUCAGGUUUGGAUCAGGGAAUAGUGGAGAACAGUUUUACAGUUUUUACAGUUUACGGCAGACUUCCAUAUGUGUUCCUUAAUUAUUUUCAUGUAUUUAUAAUAAGUCUACAGUGUAGAAAAUAAAUUUAAUAAAGAAAUGCUGAAGAAAAACUUUGAAUGAGAAGGUGUGUUCAAAGUUUUGACGGGCAGCUAUAUUAGCUUUCGUGUUUUAUUAAGAAAAAACAUUUGUAUGGGAUUACCAUUACUUAACUAACUAAUAAUCUUUAGGAAAAUUACAAAAUGCUUAGUGUUUUUGAGGGGGUACAUUCACAUUUGAUUUUUGAUUUCUUGCCCCAGGGUGAUUUAGAUCUCAGUUUUGUCAGGGCUGUGUGGACAUUUCAAAUCAGAUCUUUGGCCACACUUCCUGAGUUCCUUUGGCUAUGUUCACACAGCUUAUUGAUCCGAAUUCUCACAAAUAUGAAAUUAAUUGUUUAUUUUAGGCUGUUCAGUCUGUAUUUUUAUUGUGAGUUUUUUUUUACUCUAUUGCCAAAAGUAUCUGCUCGCCUGCAUUGCAUUUAAAAAUGAUGUAAAGCUUGGAUAGAGCCCAUUCCAUAAAGCUCUCAAUAGUAUUAUUGUUGUUGACCUAAUCUGAAGGCAGCAUGAAGUUGGGAGGUGUGUAGUAAUUGACUUUACACAAAAUUGGCAACCUCUGCACACUAUAUGCCUCACCAAUCAACAAAUUCUCUCACUAAUGUUGGUAGAAACACUCUGCAUGUCCAAGUUUUGGAAGUGACUGGAUCACCUGAAUUCAAUGAUUUUGCUGUGAGAGCGAAUACUUUUUACAAUAUAGUGUAUAUCUUACAUUCAUUGGUCUAAACAUUUCACACUCCUAAACUGAGCACAUACACUAAAGAGCAAUGCUUCACAUGAAGUUUCGGUUUCAUCGUUUCCAGCAUCACAGAAACAGCAUCAUUUAUCACUGAGCAUGUGUUCCAGCUGGCUGUAAAAAGGCCAUGUUUUUUGGCCACACAUACUUUUUUGGUUUGCGUUCUUGGUUUCUUUAAAACUUAAAUAGCCUCCACAGGAAUAUUUUUCUUCUUCUUGACGUAAAGUCACAUAAUUUCCUAUCUGGCUUUUCAGAUUGGUAUACAUUGCCGCAAAUCGAGUAUGUAUUGGAUUUGGAUUUCAUUACCACACAUUGAAGUGUUCCAGUUCCAGUUUUUCUGUGUUACAUGUGAUAAAAAGAUUGGGUUUGAUCCAGGAUAACUGUUGUGUGAACAUAGCCUUGUAUUUAUUAAUGUGCACCAUAAAGAUCACAUUAAUAAAUAUAAAUCUGAUUUGAUCAAAAAUUUAGAAGUGGUUAAUGAGGAUUGUGAAUGUAAAAAUAGCUUUUGAUUCAGCUUAAUACUGUAACCUACUACAGCUAUGUACCUCUGAUGUUAAUCCAGAUUUGUAGAUGGCUGUUUGACCUUUGAAUCCAAUUGAGAAAGCUCUAACCUUACUUUAAUCAUCAUGCAACAUUAAAAUGCUACUAUUUCUACAACCAGAGACUGGAUUCAGUGUAUGACCUGAUAGCUGUUCCCAUUCUCAUAAGGUGAUUGGUAUAUUACAGUUCUAUUCUCCAAAACAUGCUCACAAAUAUCUGUGAUAUAGUUUUCAAUUGAAUUUAUGUGUGUGCAGAAUUGAUUAGUAAUGGAUUGAUCUGCCAGAGUCUGUAGAUGUAGCUAUCAGGUUAAAUUGUUUUAGCAAUGUAAGCCACUCUCUGGUAUGUUCUCUCACUGAAAAACAAUUAUAUAGCAUAGGUAGGCCUUGGGAGAGAUAUUUGUUUUCUCUAAAUUCAAUUUUGAUAGAGAUGAAUUGAAAUUGCGUUCUGCGCCUACCAUCUAUCCCCUAAAGAUCUGCCCUCUGCUGCCCGUCUAUUCCCUGUUUCAAUUUUCCCCCUUCUUGUUUAUGCCCAGUUUCACCCUGUCCUCUUCUUAUUACUCUUCACCACUCAGCCCUUCAUUCACUCUUCUCAUCCAUGAGCCGCCAAUCGAACUCAUUCAGAUCCAAUCACUGGAGAUCAGAACGUGGUGCACCUGUGCUCAAGGACUGAGAACGGCAACUACGGUUGCCAUGUAAAAACAGAAGAGAAACAGAUGCUGUUGAGGAUCAAAUAAGGUAGAAAGAAGAAGUGUAAGAGAGAGAGAGAGAGAAGGAGAAAAAGAGAGAGAGAUACAAUAACACAAAGGCAAAGCAGGAUGGCCACAACGACAAUGCUGGAUUGCUUCGGCUUUCCUCGGAAAGUCCACACCCACUCGAGCUCCUUGAGACGCCUCCGUCGCAUUCGGGCCUUCCAACCAAUCCGCUGCCACCCUGAGACUCAGCCACAGCCCAAGCAAUUCCCACGUGUUAAUGGUCACUCCAAAGCAGAGCGAAUCAUGAGGGACACAGCUAUGGACAGCGCGUCCAUGAUGAGCAGCGAGCUGGAGUCCAGCUCCUUCAUCGACAGUGAGGAAGAUGAGGACGCCAGCAGACUAAGCAGUUCCACAGAGCAGAGCUCUUCUUCUCAUUUAAUGAGGAGACACAAGCGCAGACGCAGGCGACACAAAGUGCCCAAGAUUGACCGGUCAUCCUCAUUCAGCAGUAUAACAGAUUCAACCAUGAGCCUUAACAUAAUCACAGUUACACUCAAUAUGGAGAAAUAUAACUUCCUGGGUAUCAGUAUUGUAGGGCAGAGUAACGACCGUGGAGAUGGCGGGAUUUACAUCGGUUCCAUCAUGAAAGGAGGAGCAGUCGCUGCUGAUGGGAGAAUAGAACCAGGAGACAUGCUUCUGCAGGUGAAUGAUGUGAACUUUGAGAAUAUGAGCAAUGACGAUGCUGUCAGGAUCCUCAGGGAGAUUGUCUCCAAGACCGGACCAAUUAGUCUUACAGUGGCCAAGUGCUGGGACCCUUCCCCUCGCAGCUACUUCACCAUACCCAGAGCUGAACCCGUCCGCCCAAUUGAUCCUGCAGCCUGGAUAUCUCACACUACUGCACUGACUGGAUCAUACCCACAGUAUGAGUUUGACGAUCUUCCUCUAACGGUUGGGAAGACGGACAUGGCCACCUUAGUGAAGGUGAUGCAACUCCCAGACUCAGGUCUAGAAAUCAGGGACAGGAUGUGGCUGAAGAUUACCAUAGCAAAUGCAGUUAUUGGUGGUGAUGUGGUGGAUUGGUUGUACUCACGGGUCGAAGGCUUCAAGGAUCGACGGGAUGCCAGAAAAUACGCUAGCACGAUGCUGAAGCACGGCUACCUGAGACACACCGUCAACAAGAUCACAUUUUCUGAGCAGUGCUAUUACACGUUUGGAGAUAUCUGCCAAAACAUGGCUUCACUGAACUUAAAUGAGGGUUCGAGUGGUGGUGGGUCAGAGCAGGACACUCUUGCGCCUCUCCCUCCGUCCACCAACCCCUGGCCCAUGGGAGGGCAGCCCUUUCCCUACCCACCUUUCUCCUCGGCACCUCCUGGCUUCCCCCCGGGAUACUCUGAUCCGUGCCACAGUUUCCACAGCGGCAGUGGCGGCAGCCAGCACAGUGAGGGCAGCCGCAGCAGCAGUUCCAACCCCAGUGCCGGGAGAAGCCAGCGCCCUGCUCCUCAGGAAAAAGAGCGCAAGAUGACGGGCAGCGGGGGCAGCGAAUCUGAUACGGGCACUCGAGCGGGCGGUAGGCGGGGUGAGCGCACAGCCAGUCAGCUUAGUCACCGUAGCCACGCCCACUCGUCCCAAAGCCGCGCCCACUCCGGACACAGCAAAACCCACUCUCACAGAAGCCGAGUGCCAUCCCACCACAGCCGCGCCUCCUUCUCAUACAGCCACGCCUCCUUUUCCAAGCACGGGCGUGUCUCUUGUGCACACAGUGAGCGGAGCCACGCCUCCUCUUACGGACCCCCCGGACUGCCUCCUCCCUACAGCCUAGCCAGACUUACCCCUAAAGGGGCCGUUAGUAGUGGGCCUCCAGGGGCCCCGCCGGUCCGCGAGCUAGCAUCCGUCCCCCCGGAGCUCACGGCUAGCCGGCAGUCGUUUCAGCACGCCAUGGGAAACCCCUGCGAGUUUUUUGUAGACAUUAUGUGACUGUGGGCCAGUGCCAUAAAAUACAAGCAACAAGUAAAGCAGUGCAGAUUCCAAGCACACUCGCCGUGUUCUCCCGCCACCAUAUGUUCCUUCUUCAGUUCUGUUCAGCCGUGAUUUCUGUCCACUGCAGCAAAUGUGGUCUAAAGUGAAGCCGUGAUUAUCGAACACUUAGUUUGUGGUUGAUUUAAAAUAUAUAAUCGUAAUUCAUACUUAAAAAGACAAAACAAAGCAAAUUUAAACCAAAGUUUUUAAAGGGAGUCAGUAGAUUAUUUUGUUCAAUCUAAACAAAUCAGAAAACAGACGAAAAAUGAUAACAAUAAAAAAGUAAACAUUAGGCCUGUCACGAUAACUAUUUAUUGUACGAUUAGACAAUACAUGGUCCGAGAAAUAAUUGCACUGAAAUAGCACAAGAAUGCAAAAAAAGUUUUUUUGCAAAAAAGCAAAAAAAAAAAAAAAAACGUAUUUUAUUUGUACCAUAAAACAUGCUAUUUAAAAAGAAUCCCAAAGAAAUCAAACAUAAAUACAAUAAAACCACUGUUUUGAAAAAUAUAUGAACAUAAGAAAAUAUAUGAAUGCUAUGAAAUAUAUGUAAUGCUGACUGUUUAAAAAGCCUUUUUAUUUCACAAACCAUCUCUAAACUGUAAAAUAAACAUUUAAACAGGUUAAAUGUGUUCUAAAUCACAUACAUUUGGUAAAAAAAAAUUAGCUUUCACUUUUCCUCGUAGGUUCUAGUACUGCCAUGCUCUACUUUGUGGUCUAUUCUGCACUGUGAAAAAAGUUUCUUGUAAAUCUUUACAGCAAGUUAACAGCGAAAAAUUGUUAGUAAAGGAUUGAAAAAUUACAGAAAGAUCACAACACAUUAUUUUAUAAUAAGAAUAGCAAUUAAUACAUUAAUUACAGAUUAUUACAGCUUUUGUAGAGUAAGAUUUGGCCAAAAUAAUUACACAAUAACACUUUAAAUAUUCUUUACAGUAACCAUAUGUACUUUUUUUCAUAGGUUUUUGGGGUUGCCAGUGAAUAAAAAAAACAUAAAAGGCAAGUUAUUGAGGUCAUAACAAGUAAAUAAAUUAUCGUGACAGGCCUACAAAUCAUUAUAAUUUACCUCUUAGUAAUAUUUUUUAGUUUUCCGCUCAAUUUAAUUCUCUUCAUCGCCAGAAAUGUCCUGCAGGUUCAUUGUUGUGGCAUCGUUCACUCUACCAGAAUUGUAGACAAUCAGGCAUCUCGCGCCCUCUGCUGGUCAGAAGCUGUCACUGCACCUCAUAUCUAAAACUCUUUGUAUAAUAAAAGCACACAGGAGCUGAAGGUGGGGUUUGAGCACUGGAACUACGAAUGCCUGCUCAUACUUUAUUGUAUUAGCUGCUUUUUUGUGUUUCGUUUUGCACCAAACAUAUUUCGUAUUUUUACAUUUUUAUAGAUGUGUUGACGAUGUUUGAUCUUUGUGAAGCGAUUUGUGAAAAAAAAAAAAAUCACAAGAUAAUCAAGUUGUCGGCAAACGUUUGGGAACCCCCUGACCAAAAUGCAUAUUUUGUUUGUAUUUCUGCACUUUAUGUGAUAGAAACUGUGAUAUGUGCAAAUGUUUGGACACCCUGAUGAGUCAACACUCUUUUUGGAAGCACUUUUAGAGGCUUCUUCUCUUAAUUUAUAGGCAGAUCUGCAGCUUUUUAGAAGAGCCUGUCCAUGAUUUGAAGAGUGAUGCUCGUCUCCAAUGCUAAUCAGGGAUAAUGGAUGUUUUAACACCUGCAGACUCUGCUUUGGUAGGUAGGAUCUUCUUCCUGUAUUUACUUCCUUGCUUCAUUCCAGAUGAGUACAGCAGACCAAUCAGCAGAGAAAAUAUUUUCACACUUGGAUUUUUGCCUGUGUGAAAACAAAUCAAACCAAGUGGAAAGCUGUGAUUUGAACCAGAGCAAACCAACUACAGGUAAAAAGUUAAAUAAUCAUCAGUUCUUUACCUGCCUAUCCAGGUCAUAACUUAACGUAUCAAUUAAGACCUGACUAAGUUCUGAGACAGAUGAUAGGGUGUCUAAACUCUUGCAUAAAAUUACUAAUGCUAUGGUAAAUGGUUUAUAGAUUAAAUAAUUAAAUGUUUUAAACAAAGGUUUUCUUGUAUUUUCACAUAUACAGAAUUCUUUAUGAACUGAAUUUUGCCUUUGAGCUUUCAUAGUUUUAUUUAAAACCAUUGACUUUCAUAAAGAAACCCCUGAAGACACAUAGCUGAAUCAACAUUUGCUAAAACUUCAUUUUUUAACGAAGUUUUAACAAAGUUAAGCCUCAGAAAUCCAUUAAAUAUGCAGUUUGAGUCAAGGGGUGUCCGAAAGGUUUUAAUACAACUGUACUUCAACACAAACAAUACAUGUUUUUUAUUAAUCGUUUGUCCUGAUCGUAGAAUCUGAUGAUGUCAUAGCACACAGCUGCCGACAGGUGUAGACGCUCCUUCUAAGAAAGCACACAGAGACGGAUGUGCUGAGUUCGUUCAUAAACAUUCUGUCCUUUUGGAAUUACAGGGUAAAUCUCCACAACCAGCACUUAAAUAUAAAUCGCCACUGUCACCCUAAACUGGUAUGAUUUAUGUAAAACGCAACUUUACAGAACGUAAAAAAAAAAUCUUCUAAACUUUUAAGGGAAGUCAGUGUAAAAAGAUUUGAUUCUAAGGCAUUUUGGAGCAUUUCUAUUGGUCUAUUCAUCAUGAAAUUGAAAUAGAAUAAAGCACAACUUCCACACUCGAAAUAUGUCAAAAAGUUAAAAAAAAAAACAGUUAAACAAUAUUUCUGACUGAUAUUUGUAUGUAUAUGAGUAUAUAGAGCUCUGGAAUAAGAGACCACUUAAAAAUGAUGAGUUUCUUUGAUUUUACCAAAUUGAAAAACCUCUAGAAUACAAUCAAGAGGAAGAUGGAUGAUCACAAGCCUUCAAACCAAACUGAACUGCUUAAAUCUUUACAUCAGGAGUGGCAUAAAAUUAUCCAAAAGCAGUGUGUAAGACUGGUGGAGGAGAACAUGCCAAGAUGCAUGAAAACUGUGAUUAAAAACCAGGGUUAUUCCACCAAAUAUUGAUUCCUGAACUCUGAAAGCUUUGCAUCUGCAUAUUUUUUGUUAUUUCAGCCAUUUCACAUUUUACUCAAUAUCAGCUCAUAUAUCAGCCAUAACAUUAAACCUGAUUACCUUUCAAUAGGUCCGUCUUGUGCCACAAGAGGGAGGAAAACAGUACAGCGAAUCCUUUAAAUUCAGUAUGUUAUAUGAAAGGUGGUGCCUUUCUCUGAGCACUUCUGAUUGGUUUAUAGACUCACUAUUGCAUAUUGUGGCUCAGUUUCUUCAUGCCUGCCUUUUAUAUUUCCAGUAUAUUACAUUCCUGCAGAAGUGGAGGGCACCAUCUAUCUGCACCCACUAUCAGACCUUACUCCAACUCCCAUAAUUCACAUAAUUCUUACCAUUAGAUGUAGAUAAUGAUAGUCGUUGUUUAGUUUUGUUUUGCACUUUAUUUAUCAAUGGUGAUAAUGUUAUGGCUGAUCAGUAUAUAUAAAAUGUUGCUGUUAAACAUCACGUUUUUUGCUCUUUGUUCAGUUUAAUCUCAGUUUAAUCUCAGGGGCUGGUGUCACCUGCUUCUCACAAUGUCUCAUGGACAUGGACUAGCAGUUUAAAGUAGUGUGUGUUACAUCUGCCUCUGUCAGUGUCGGUCUAAACAAAACAAACCGUGUCUAAUGUCUAAAGCUUGUCUGAAGUGUGAGGCGUCUGUCUGAGGGUGCGGUACCGUGUGCUGGUUUUGGGUUGUUUGGUCUCCAGCAUGUCCUGUCUGCUCAAGGGUUCCUCCAGCAGCAGCAGCAGUACUCCAUCAAUGUGGCACUUUUAUAAUUGCAUUCCUUUUCUGUGUGAAACACUGUACACCUCCAGGUGUGUCUUUUAUUUUUGUCCUGUGAGAGGACUGGGUAAAAUGUGUUGUACAUAGUUCAUUUUUAUUGUAUAUAUGAGAAAAGAAAAAUGUAUAAAAAACGGUAUGUACAAAGUUUCUGCUCAUGCCUUCUUUUGUAAAUGGUAAAAUGCUCAUUUGAUUCCAUGUGAGUGUCAAAAUACAGUUCAGAUUUCAAAAGCA